CAGUCUAUAACUUUGGAAAGCAGUGGGCGAUUUUCAUUUAAAGUAAUAAUUCACCCGGAAUUAGAAAUUUGCUGAUAGUUUACUCACCCGUCAGGCCAUCCAAAAUGUAGAUGAGUUGGUUUCUUUAUUGUGGGUUUAUGGAGCCUCUGCAGUGAAUGGGUGCCGUCAGAAUCAGAGUUCAAACAGCUGAUGAAAACCUCACAAGUAAUCCACAUGGCCAAUUAAUGCCUUGUGAAGUGAAAAGCUGCAUGUACAUUAAAAAAAAAAAAACAUUUAAAAAAUAAUUUAUUUUAAGUUCUUAAUCUAUAAUAACGCUUAGAGAAAGCUCUUUCAUCCUACCACCUUUACAUGUACCUACCACUGCUUUUUCUGUGCAUAUUUGUCUCCUGAUUUGGACAAGGAGAAAGCAAUGAUGAGAACUUGUUGUAUAGCUAGAAGCACGGGGUUUUGCUUUGAAAAAGGCUUAGCGAUGGAUGUUCAUUACAAACAAGCAGCUUUUCACUUCACAAGAUAUUAAUGCAUGGACUUCAGUUGCGUGUAUUACUUGUGAAUUAUUGUAAUGUUUUGUUUGGACUCUCGUUUUGACGGCACCCAUUCACUGUAGAGGUAAUGUCAUGCAAAACUUCUCCAAUCUGUUUAGAUGACGAAACAAACUCAUCUUAGACAGCUUGAGAGUUGUCUCUGUUUUUUUAACUACUCUUUUAAUUGUGAAACUGUUGUUUUAUUUGUGUUUUGCAGAACUCUGACUUUUAUAUGUUAAAUAUAUACCGCAGGAUAUAAGUGAAAAGUAAUAAUGUGCAUCAUCUUUUAGGGAUAUUUUGAGCUUUUCCUCUAUCACUAACACAUUACUAUACACAUCAAUCACUGCGUAAUCACUGUGGUUUACAGUUCAUAUAAAAUCUGUUCAGAGACAUGUAGUGCGGAGGGACCCAUUUUGUUUGGCUCACUAGCGAACUGGCAGAGGAAAUAAGAUGACUUUUUAUGUGGUUGACUGGUCUGUGGAAGUCAAAAGGAGCUCAGUCACUCCUGUUGACCCUGCCAGCUCACAGCCAGACACACACCAUCCUCAGGAAUAGGAAGCCAGUCAGGAAAGGAAGCACACAGUUUUUCAACAGCCUGUUUCCUCUUCAUCUUUGUGGUUUGUUUUUUUGUCCUUUUUUAUUUCCAGACACUUUCCCCCAUGACCCUAAAAAGAAAAUAAAUUCAUUAAAAGGACCGGGAAAUACGAGGCUUGAAAACUUUUCUGGUGUUCGUGGCAGCUACAAGAGGCCUCGGUUACAACAUGGGUUACGUUCUUGGAAGAGGCGACCCCCUACUGUGUAACAGUGUAAUCAUAUAUGCAGUGAAAUCUUUCUAGGGUAUUAUGAACAGAUCCUGCAGAUGUCAUGAGGUUUUGGAGAAAUAAGGGUGAGGCCAUCAGGCCAGUGGCACUGCAUGUGUAGUUUGUUUGUGCUGAUCUCUGGCAGGCUGCCCGGACUCAUUGCCCCUCCUCGCUGAAUGCAGUCUGUCAUGUCCCUUUUAUUAGACGCGAGUCACUUCUUUUGAGAAUCACUUCUGAACGCACGCUUGACGUUUGUAUUGAAACUUUUGGGAUAACGGCACAAUUGCAAGGAUUUUUUCAUUGUUCUAUUUACAUCCUUGCAUGUAUGCAUUUACAUUUAGCUACACUGUUCUAUUAACAGCUUUUACAUUGAGUAUGACUUACAUUUCGUGCCAUUUAAAGGCACAGUUCACCCCAAAAUGUGUAUUCUGUCAUUCAGUAAAAAAGAUUAAACGUUAUGUGAUAAAUUUGGUUGAAAUCCGAGAGCUUUCUGACUGCAUAACACAACUGCCAUGUUUAAGGCCUAGAGAGGUAGUAAGGACAUUGAUAAAAUAAUCAAUAAUCAGUGAUUCAACCAUAAUUUGACAAAGCUACGAGAAUACUCUUUUGUAUGCAAAGAAAGUAAUGUAAAAAACCCCAAAACAAAACGACAAAAUCAAAAAUAUAGGAUGCAUCAAGAGAAAAACAAAAAAACGGCUUGAACAUACGCAUGGUUUUUUAUCUAUUUAUUAAUUUUUUAAAUUUAUUAAUCUUUUUUUUAUUAAUUGUUUUAGUGAAUGAUUAAAAGACUCACGCAUGUUAUACAAAGAUAUUAGAGAAAUAGAAAGUAUACUAGUUUUAAUGGACAAAUUGAAUCAGGGAUUCGUGCAACAGUAAAAAGUUGUUUGACCAUUCAAGUUCAGGGACUGGAACUAGUUGUUGCGUAUACCUGAAUACAAAAAUGACUAUCCUGAGAGAAUGCCUUCUUGCCAUUUUCUAGGUUGCGCUUACUUGACGUAAUCUACAGUAACAACAAUUUGUUUAGGCAUGUUCAGUUUGUGUCACCUUGUGUGGUUGCUGCUGCAUGCAUAUUUAUUGCACCAUGCAUAUAGAAUGGAUAUUAAAGUUUAUCUCACCAAAUGCAAUGAAUUUUCUAUAACCUGGAUGCAGGAAAGUAGUUAUUGCAGCGGCGAGAUAUGAGUACUGCUUAACAGGCCUACAGACGCAGUCUUGUAAUUACCGAGAGAGGAGUUUGAAAAGAAAGCAGAUCCACUGCCACUGCUUUCAGUGACAUCCCCUGUGAGGGAAACAGUGCGUUUAUAGUACAUUGAUUUGUUCUUUGCUGCCUUACCUGAAUAAGGUCAAUCAAUAUUAGGCUGUAUUUGAAUGUGUUUGGUAUUAAUGUAGACAAAAUAAAUGACAAUCAUCAUUAUUAUUAUGAGGUAUUUACGUGGCUAACAAUGUCACUGCUAAUUUGCUGGUAAGCAAAUGUUUCUAUGUUUUUUUUGAGCCAGCAGAUGGUAGUGUUGUACUAGUACUAUUAUUGCAUUACCACUUUUUGUUGUGAAGAUGCUCAGCCGUUCCUGAUCUUUAUUCAGAUGUCAGAUACUCUAAAGUCGUAAAAGUUGUCAUCCUUUCAAAAGCUUUUCUCUGGCUUUUUUUUUUCCCCAGUAGUAAAAUUUGCAAGCAUUGUAUUAUAUAGAUUUCUUACAUAGCUUUACACCACCAUCCAUCAUAAAGGAGUCAUAAAUCAUGAAUUGACAACAGACAACACUCUGUUCUUCUUUGCAAUGUGUGAAUUCCCAGUAUAUCUUUUUACAGAAAUGAAGAGGAAUCUUAAAUUAAUUUGAUAUCCACUAUUUUUCAUCCACGAAAUGUGAUUAAAUUACGAUGUAGUGCUAUUGUGCUGGCACACGAGAUACGGGACGAAACGACAAAUUUGUCUGCUCCAUUCUCUUUAUGUUUUUCUUUCUGUUAUCUUGUUACUGUGUUUUCGGUCUGGCUAAAAUAUUGAUCCUGCAGUUACAGGAUGAGUCUGAAGGUGAAGUUGUCUUAAAUUGUUCAUAGGGAUGUUGCCCUAUAAAUUGAUGAUUUAUGGCUUAUAAAUGACAAACCACAGUGAGGAUCCUGUCAAUUGUGUCCUUUUCUGACAGCAGGUUGUUUGACUUUGAUUCUCACACGUCACGCUAUGUAUUUUACAACCUCUCCACAUCAGAUUUAGUGAUCUCUGCGGUCAGAUGAAUUAGACUAAUCUGAGAAUAAGUUUGAAGAACACAGAGAUCUACGGUUAGUUGCUUUCGCUGCUUUCCAGUCGACAAGAACAGAAAACCAUCGAGGUGUGACGCAUCCAAGCAUAAUAUGUGAAAUAUGUUCUCACACACCGAGGGGCUUUUUGGCACAGACAAGUGUAUGCGCUUCAUUCAAAGUUCUUCGUCAGAUAUCACUAGCACUCAGUCAAAACUAACCUUUUAGCCUUUAGCAGGGGUGUCUUGAUCUAGCAGCUCUCAGAACACAAUAGAUGAUGCUUGCAUGCGAGCCAGACGGACAAAGGCUAUUUUUGGUGCUGUGUCUUUCAUACCUUGUGGCACAUUAUCACAUUUCGUGUAUUCAUAACGUUCUAUUCCCAGGAGAUGAUGCAACAUUUUGUGUUUCAAAUGAUUUAAACACAAUAGACCCUUAAUUUGCGUUCUAAGGCUUUGACAUUUAAUACUAUUACAGAAAGAAAAUACGUUCUGAAUCGGACAGUAAUAGACUGAAGAAGAUUCUGGACUGGUUUUACUGCUGGUUAACACAGACAACAAAGUUUUAAGUUUCAGUCAAACCUGCAUUAACUCAUACAAGUAAACAUUACUCAAAAUAAAAAAAAUAACCAACAGGAUAGUUUAUUUCAGUGAGCAGAUUUAAUCAUUAAUUUAUAGGUGUCUAUAGUUUCCAGCUUCAACAUAAUGAAUCCUAAAACAGAUUCAUGCACAAAAAAAUUUUUAAUAAAUAAAAGCAGUGGUAAAAAUACUUUUGUUUGUUAAAUGAUAUUGAUAUAAGCCUAUUAACAUAUGUCUUUUACAUGUUUGUAAUAAUCACAGCUUUGUCAGUUUUCAUUUAUUUGUCUGAAAAUCAGAACUGCUGUCUUUUUGAUGUGCAUCAAAUUUAAGGACUUUCAUUGUUAACCAGAAUGAUUUUUAUAAUGUGGGAUGGAACUAAAUGGUAAUUUAGGAGGAGGGAUGAAACACUCCCUGCACCUGAAUUAUGCCUGGGGACCAAAGCUAUAUAAGAAACAUCUCAUCACCUUUCUCAAAUAGUGUCCUUUCCCUUGCCUGAGAGCUAAACAGGUAUGGUGUACUGUUUCUUUACAAUGAUAUCUACUGCUUUUUUCUCUUAAAAUGUUGAAAAAUAACACAAUACAUUUAAAGUAAUUACUUCAGGUUGUAAUAUUGGAUGAGUUGAAUUUUCAAUAGGUGAUUUUUGGUCUAUAGCAGGAAUGAUGCUGUGGCUCAUCUUCUGUGCACUGGCUCUCGUCCCGAAGCCGGUUCACUCAACCUAUAACUGCUCUGCGGUGUUUAACAGGGUUCCAGACAACAGUGACCUGACGGUAGACUGCGGCACCAACAUGAUCACUCUGGAGGUAAACCUGUGCACCGCUGACUGGGCAGGCUUUGACCCCUACGGCCUGGCCCUGAAUGGGGAGCGCAAUAACGCCCAGUGCAUGGGCACCAUUGAUACCACCGUCAACCCACCUGUCAUCCGCUAUCAUCUGCCGGUCAACCACAGCCAGGACAACCCAUGUAGACAGUCUCUGCAGAUUGUGGACGAGGUGCCCAGCUCCUCUGGUCCAUUCAACAUGUUCUCCAGCAUUCAGUCUGUCAUUAUCACAGGAUAUAUUGAUACGCCUAGCUCCUCAGAGGGCGUCAUCAGUUACUCCACAGACCUUUACUACCACUUCUCUUGCCGUUACCCGCUGGAAUAUCUCAUCAACAACACCCAGAUUGUAGCGUCAUCAGUGUCAGUGGCCACUAAAGACAACAAUGGUUCUUUUAUUGACACUCUCAGCAUGGGAGUCUUCAAUAGCACCGAUUUUAAUAGCCCAUUGGUGAUUCCUCCAACUGGAUUAGAGCUGCGCUCUAAAGUCUACGUUGAAGUCAAAGCUGCCAAUUUCACUGGAAACUUUUAUCUUUUGCUGGACCACUGUUUCGCAACCCCGUCACCAUAUAAUCAAACCAGCAACAAACAGCACAGCUUUUUCACAGGAUGUGUGGUAGAGAACCGGACGACGGUGCUUUAUAAUGGCCGCUCCAAAUUUUCCAGAUUUUCGUUUGAAGCCUUCCGCUUCGUGGAGCACCGUAAUCAAGAAAUGUCUACCAUAUACCUGCACUGCAUACUGAGACUCUGCGAACCGAAUAAGUGCCAGGAACUUCUUGGUUCUUGCAACGCCAACAGAACACGAAGGAGAAGGGCCCUGGAACCUUAUGGGUCACCAGCUAAAGAUUCUGCCACAGUGUCCGUGGGUCCUCUGUACACCGCAGCUUUGAAGGAUGAUGUUCCCUCCGCGUUGGCCUCUGGAGGCAGUGAGCCAUUAAACAGGGACAAUAUGAACUUGGCUGGCGUGGUGGUGGGGGUCAUUUUUGCCACCGGCGGUGCAGUGUUGCUGGUUAUGGCCGGAUGGUUUGUACUGAAGAGGUUUUGCUGGGCCGGCGCUCUGCCUCGGGCUUUCCACUAAGAAAUCCAUCAACUUGCCAUCUGUUUUGCGUUGAAUGAAGCUUAAUUUGAUAUGCGAUAAGACGUCUGAUCACAUCACAGCAUCUGCACGAACCGCUUUGCAUAAUGCCUAUUUAGCAUAUUUUAAUCGAUUUAGACAGCAGUGUGUAGUCUAGUCGUCCUGCGCUUGGAAGAGAGCUCAAAUGCUUAAUUCUGUCAUGUAAAUGCAAAUACUGCUAUUGACAUAGUUUGAUGUGUUUUAUAUGUAUAGCUGAAUUAUACUGUAAGAGGUGUGUAGGCACAGCUGAAUUAUUGAGAGGAACAAACUGUGGAUGAAAUAUUAUUGUAAUAUUUUGAUUACACAAUGCUUCUUCUACACAUUAGCUCAGAGGUUUACAAACGUCAGGACCCUGAUCGAAAAGACCCUCUUCUUGAAAUAUAAAGGCAGCUAUAUUUUAUCAUGUAUAAAGAACCAUUUAUAGUGUGUGAGAAAUAUCAAGUUUGUUCAUGUUGUUUUCUAAAUUAAAUAAUUGGCUUUUGGUUUGACUGUAUCAUAAGGAAACUAAAUUUUAAAAUAAUAUCUGGAGUUUCCUACUCACUGUUAGAGAUGAAUUUAGUAUUUAAAAAAAAUAUAUAUUUGUAAUUAUAUUAAGAUUGAUUUGUAGAGCUUUUAUGCUUUUUUGUAUUAAAAUAAUUGCAUUUGAUAAACAAGUUAACUUUAAUAGCCCUGCAAAAUAUUCCCAAAUUUUCUUUUAUAGAUUUAAGUAGUUCAGAACAGUUUUCUUUGUGUGUAAUUUUUCACAUUGUCUACAGACCCCAGUU